AUAGAUCGCGCUUGCAUCGGUUGUUGCAGUAAUCAAAGAGUGUGUUGUGCGGGUUCUGUAAUGUUGACGUUUGUAUUAUUUAGUUAUUGUUUGUGGCAAGAGAAAAGAAAAUGUGUGUGUUCAUGUUAGUUUUUUUAAAAUGUACUUGUGAACAAAGCUGAAAGCAUAUGAAUACAAUGUACGAAGUGAGAGUGUGGAAACUGAAGUGUGAAAUAGUAGUCGAGUGCAAUGGACGCUGUUUACCCCUAUUCAAAUUGUGGAAUUUUGAAAUUGUUUACAAAUGAGAGCUGUCGCGUUGUAUGCAAUAUUAUCUAAAUGCCACCUUACUGCCGUGAACGUCUUUAACCACAAUGAGGUGGCUAGUGAAGAUAAUAAUAGUCAUGAAAAUAUGGACAGGCAUGGUAGAGUUCGGUCCCUCGUCGCUAACGUAUGCAGCGGAUCUUCGUUUAACAAUAGAGCCAAAGGACACAGUUGUCGUUUUGAACGGUACAGCUAUUCUUGAUUGUGCUGCUGAGAGUUCAGAUGUGACUGCGGUGCCAGAAAUCAAGUGGAGAGCAAACGGUGACCAGCCUUUGACAUUUAUUGGAGACACACACAGGUCACGGCUUGAUAAUGGGUCAUUGUCAGUGCACAUUGGAUCAGCUGCCUAUGAUGAAUUACAGGGAAACUACCAGUGUAUUGCUUCACUUCCACAUGUUGGAUCAAUUGUUAGCCGAAAGGCAUCACUCACUCUGGCACCACAACUGCAGAUAUCAACACCUCCAAAAGACAUAAUUGUGUUUCCAGGGCAAACAGCUUUUUUUAACUGUUUUGUUGAUGUGUCUUUAGAAGUCAGUGUCAUGUGGUUGAAAGACAAUCGGCCUCUCCUCUUGGAUGAGACAAGAAUGCUCAUUUUGCCUUCUGGUGCUUUGGAAAUAGAUGAAGUGCAACUGUUGGAUGAAGGAAAUUAUCAGUGUAAUGUAACAAUGUUAGGACAAAAUCAGAUUAGUGAAAAGGCAGUUCUUAAAGUUGAUAAAAAUGCAGGUAUUCAUGGUGUAACACCACCUGUUUUUGUAGCACUGCCCCGGCCGUCUGUUGUUAUCGCAGGUAGCACUGUGACUCUUGACUGUGCAGCAGUUGGGAAUCCUAAUCCAUCCAUCAUCUGGCUGAAGGAUGGAAUUGCUAUUGAUAUGUCGAAUUUGGAUAGCCGAUUCCAAAAAAUUGGUCAAGGCAGUCUUCAGAUAUCUAAUGUUCAGGAGGCAGAUGAAGGAACAUACCAGUGCCGAGCUGAAAAUGGAGCAGAUUCUGUAGAUGCUGCAGCCACCCUUGAGGUCCAAGUUCCACCACAUUUUCUGAAGCGGCCUGCUGAUACUCAUGCUUCUGAGAAACAAGAUUUGGAACUUGAGUGUAAAAUGUAUGGCAAGCCAGAGCCUAAGGUACAUUGGGAAAAGAAUGGUGAUGUGAUAUGGCCAAAUGAAUACAUUCAUAUGGUUAAUGGCUACAACCUCAAAAUUCUUGGACUCAUGACAAUGGAUGCAGGAAUUUUCCAGUGCAUGGGAUCAAACCCUGCAGGAAACAUUCAAGCAGCUGCUCAGUUAACUGUAUCACAGUCAGUGGAUUUCCAUGACAACUCUCUCUUUCAUUCUGACGUUGUACUAACAAAUUUCACCCAAUCCCCACAUUCAGCAGCCCCUCCCAUAGAUGAAGAAAGGGCACCAGUGCAAGAUGUUCCAUCAGCUCCACAAUUCCUUGAAGCAGUCAUUGUUUCCACGCGAUUUGUUACAUUGAGCUGGAAACCUCCGGCAAAUGCUCGGGGUGAAAUUCUUGCAUACUCAGUUUAUUAUCGGCGUGAGGGAUCACAAAGGGAACGCAUAAUGAAUACAACACGAUCACGACUUGAGGAAGUCAACAUACCUGGACUGAUGCCAGAUAAAUUAUACCAUUUCCGUGUUGUGGCAUAUAAUGAGCAUGGACCUGGUGCAAGUUCAGAUAUUUUAAGAGUGAAAACUCAAGCUGAAGUGCAUGUACCAGGACCUCCCAGGGGCCUAACAGUGAUUGCAACGAGUCCUACAAGUCUUCUUGUUCAAUGGCAACCACCAGAUUUGACAAAUGGGCUUGUACAGCACUACAAGAUGUUUUACAUGCAGGAAGGUUCGGUAGAAGAGCACCACAUUGUUACACCAGACUUGCAGUAUGAGCUGACUGAUCUCAAUAAGUUUACCGAGUACAGUGUUUGGGUUGUUGCCGUUAAUCAGAAUGGCCCAGGGUCAAGUACAGAAGAGAAAACAGCAAGGACAUUGUCUGAUGUGCCAACAGAGCCACCCCAAAACGUCACACUGGAAGCAAGCAGUUCUACCAGUGUUAUUGUACGAUGGGAACCGCCUCCCAGAGAAAGUCAGAAUGGAAUAAUCACAGGUUACAAGUUGAGAUAUCGUAAAAAAGACCGCAAACGUGGUGACACUGUCACAACACCUGGUGACAGGCGACUCUAUGCACUAAUAAAUCUUGACAGGCGGUCUGUAUAUCAGGUGCGACUUUGGGCUCUAAAUGUAAAUGGUUCAAGUCCACCAACUGAGUGGCACACUACUGAGACAUUUGAGAAUGAUCUGGAUGAAUCACAAGUACCGGACACACCUGUGGGACUCAAAGCAAGGCCAAUGACAGAUAGCAUUACUGUCUCAUGGAACCCUCCACGUAACCAGAAUAUUAUGGUACGUGGUUAUACUAUUGGCUGGGGAAAAGGAAUCCCAGAUGCAUAUACACAGCUUCUAGAUGGCAAACAAAGAUACUAUGUUAUAGAACAACUAGCUCCAAACUCAGAGUAUGUAAUUAGCCUAAGAGCCUACAAUGAAAUGGGAGAUGGUCGACCUGUUUACACAUCUGUACGAACGAGAGAAGAGAUGGCCCCAGAACCACUCACUCCACUUGUUCCUCCUGUUGGGCUUAUGGCUAUCGUUCUAUCUUCUAGAUCAGUUGUUGUUUACUGGACAGAUACAACACUAUCCAAAAACCAGUUUGUGACUGACAAUAGGUAUUAUGUAGUAAGAUACACAUCUUCACAUCAUUCACCUAACCCUCGUUACAAGUACUUGAAUUCUACAGACCUGAAUCUAAUGAUAGAUGAUUUGAAACCAAAUACGCAGUACGAAUUCACAGUGAAGGUGGUCAAGGGACGACGAUCUAGUCCGUGGAGCAUGGUUGUUAUGAAUAUGACGCAAGAAGAAAGACCAUCAUCUCAGCCUCGAGAUCUAACUGUUGUUCCUGUUGAAGACAAUCCAACAGUUGUGAAUUUGAACUGGCAGCCACCAAAGCAGUCAAAUGGCCCAAUAACAGGCUAUGUUAUUCUAUAUACCUCUGAUAACACAUUGAAUGAUCGUGAUUGGGUGGCAGAAGGAAUUGUUGGUGAUAAAAUGACAACGUCAGUGAAGAAUCUUAGUCCACAAACAACGUAUUAUUUUAAGAUACAGGCACGUAAUAAUAAAGGAUAUGGGCCUUUUUCUGCAGUUGUAACAUUUACCACUGGAAUAGAUAACCCAGGAAUCACCAACACAAUGAUGUACAUUAUUGUGGGCUGCAGUCUUCUUUUAGGACUGGCAGUAACUACAGCACUAGCUGUUAUCUGUUGCAAACGCAGGAAUACUGAGCGGAGCAAGAAAGGGUACAUAAAAGGAAAUACCAAGAGUAAAGCAGGAAAAACAAAUAUAAAGCCCCCUGACCUAUGGAUCCACCAUGAUCAGAUGGAACUCAAAGCCCUGGAGAAAACACAGUCGUCACCAGCAACAAAUGAGAUGACUGCUGCUGUAGCAACUUUGCCCCAAAGUUCACGGGAGUAUGAGCCAGAGCAGGAAUCAAAGUUCCAUCAGCCAAGUACUGCUACAAACUCUCUUGAUAAGAGAGCAUAUGUUGCUCCAUAUAUAGUUGGACCAAACAGUGAUGAAAAAACUUCAACAGCUAGGAGGGUGAUCAAACCCAAGCCUAUAAAUAUAACAGCAAGCAGCCAGCCUUCCAGGGAAUUGGCCAGUGGUGGUGCUGCUGCAGGGCAGCCAGCAGUUGCUACAGAUGUGAGCCGACCACAGUAUCCUCGUACUCAAUACAGUAUUUCUCGAGCCCAUGUUACACUUGACCAGUCAGCAACACAGUCUCCGGAAAAUCCGUAUUCUUUGCAGAGCAACUAUGAACCAUCAACUUCACACCAGCAGGGUCCAUACAGUGCGGGAUUGCAGCAAUCAGCAGCCAGCACCCAGGAGCCUGGUGGCUCAGGUACAAUGGGGAAAAGGCUUCAGGGUCAUCCACUGAAAAGCUUUAGUGUUCCUGCUCCCCCUCCACAAUCUGCACCAUCAACACCUCAACAGAAACAUAUUAUGCGACCACAGGGGUCAUCAAGUCCAUACAAAAAAGCAGGCAUUUUAACCAAUACCCCUGCUUCAUCCGUUGGUUCGGUGCCAAAAGUGAGAACGGCAUCUGUAGAAGAUCCUAACACUAUCCAGCCUUCCUAUAGUACAGAAGAGCUGAACCAAGAGAUGGCUAAUCUGGAAGGUCUAAUGAAGGAUUUGAAUGCUAUCACUGCCUCAGAAUUUGAAUGCUGAGAAUGGAUCUGCCACAUCAUUCAGGGAAUGCUUCUGCUGAAGUGCAAGAUGUACACAAAAUACAGUUGCUGCUUAAGUACUGCAAAAAAAACAUUAUGUGUUUAUCUUUUAAUGAGAUUAGUCAAUAAUGGCAGCUCCUGUAUUGUCUCAAGAAUGAACUCUUGUGGCUUGCAGUUUCAAUAAUCAUCUCUAAUAUUAUGUACGAUUGACUUCUAGUACCCUGCUGUUUUUGUUAUAAACGGAAAAGAUGUUUCCGCAUAUUUUCAGUGCGUGUUGGUCAGUCUGGUGUAUAUUGAAUGAGAUAUGUUUGUGAAGUGUUGUUCAGUUGAAAGUUGUCAUAGAUGAAUGUGGCCUAAACACUGAGAAAUUGGUUUUUUAUGUAUUAUGCAACUUACAACGAAGCAGUAACUAGUCCGCUUCUGUUGUAUUUGUGAGAAAAUGUGAAAAGGAUGGGAUAUAUUUGAAUGAGUUCUUUUGCUGUUUUCAUAGGUGCUUCAGUUCAGUCUUCCACUGAGAGUAAAUCUUGCCAAGAUAUAAUAUUAAACCACAUUAAUAAGUACAAUCAUGGCUUCAUGAGCUUUGAAAAAUAUAUUAAUGAUCUCAAAUCUUGAAGCUUGUAUGCAUUUUCAGAUUGACACUAGACAACUCACAGUACAGUCCUGACUUGUAAUGGUAUCUGACCCCUGACCCCCCCCCCCCUUUUUUUUGGGGGGGGGGGGAUCUGCAGGCAUUGAACCUCUUUUAUUCUUGUAAAUUUGUUACAAAUAAAUAAGGGGAAAAAUACAAAUUAUAUUUGUGCUUCUGAUGUUUCGUAUUGUGUUAUUUCCAGAAAUUAUAAAGUAGGGCCUUUGUAAAAUAUGAGCAUACUUCUCUUACAUUUCUGAAAAUAUUGCUUCCUUCAUUAUCUUUGUGAGAGUGGUGAUCCAUGGGAAGGCUUAUUAAAAGUAUUGUUUUAUUUUGUAGUUAAAUAUUUCUGGGACAGUGAUAUUAAGAUACUAGAAAAACAGCCUGUUUAACUGGAUUGACAUUUGCAUUGCUUCCGUAUAUGUUUGAAGAAAAGUCCUAUAUGUCUUUCUUUUCCUUUUUGCUUUUGUAUAUGUCUUUCUUUUCCUUUUUCCUUUUCUUUUCCAUUUUGUGAAAUGACUUGAAUUAAUUGCAGAAGCUGCUUUAGAGUUACUCACACUCAUCUUGCAAUUCCCGUUAAUGGUUUUAAUCAGAACUUUUGUGCAUUUAUGGUUUGUUUUUUUUUAUUAUCACUUUGCUUGGCAGCAUGUGUUUGGAUCUUCAAGUCUCAUAUCUCCUCAAAAUUCAUAGCAGUGGGAUUGCCAUUCCAAACAUUUUAGUCCUGUAAAUAGUUCAUUAUUUGUUUUAUAGAAGUUGUGCUAUCACUGUGAACUAUUGGUUGAUUGACUGGUUACAGAGAGUCCAGUAGUUUUGUGCAGCUUGAAAGCCAGUUUUGGCCUAACAGUUUCCUUUUACUUAAACUGUCUCCCCUUCUCUGUGCAACAAAUGUUACUCAGUUUGUUAUUCUUUAUCCAGCCUUAGUAAAAUAUUCAAUAUGAUUUCAGAUUUACUCUGAAGUAAUAACCUGUUAUAACAUCCUUGUUAGCCCAGUUGGAUUGGUUCACAAGGACCAAUGACCCUAAUUCUGUGUGCCAUAUUUAUCUAUACAGAGAUGAGUGAAUCUGCUCUGUUGUAUAUCCAUAACAGCAAUGCCAUAUGAAUUUCACUUGCUAGUUUUAAAUCUUCAUAAUUACAGUGAUUACAGACAAUAAGAUCUUUCAUUGAUGUCACUUAACAACUUCAAAUUAGUCCAAGAGGGGUACAGAUGAAUAUUUUUCAUGUAAGUUAUUUAGCAGUCUUGGUAUAGACUGUGUGUAUUUUAUGGUACUUGUGAUAAUCAUCAAUAGAUUGACUGAUUAUUGAGAGUCAUGAUUAAGAUGAUAAGUCCUAAUUUGCCUUUUCAAAGCAGAUUUCUCCCUGUUUGUGUAGUUUAUAUACAUUUUCGUUGUGGUUUUACAAUUUUAAAAAAUGUACUUUUAUUUAAUGCCUCUGCAUUUAGAGUCCUACAACCUCAGUAUUAGUUGAAUGCUUUUUUGUGAUUAACUGAUAUGUGCAGUAUUUACAUCAGUGACUGGUAUUUUCAUUAAUAAGCUAACUUCAGUUUGUGCCAUUCCAUGUUUCUUUCCAUUAUUUCUUGCUAUUUAUAAUAAUUGUAACUGCCUCUUUUUCAGUAUUAUGUUAUAAAGUGAAAUAGUAUCAUUGUAGACUGUGCUUUGAAUAUGUUGAAAUCAAUGUUUUGCUUUGUAUUUUUUGAUACAACAUAAAAAUAGUGUAUAAAGCCUAGUAAGAUCAUUGUGUGGUAUAUUUUUGUACUAACUUUAUACUUCAUCUUAUUUUCUUUUACUUUGCUGGAUACAUCAUUGUAAUGUGUAGUUUUUCAACUCUUUAUGAAUUCUCUUGUUUUCUGUGCAGAACAUUGAGUAGAAGUAAUAAUUAUUGAACAGUGAGAAAUUCAUAAUGGUUGACUAAUUUAGUAAAAGAUAGUUAAGGCCAAAUAUCUGCUCACGUUAUUUAUGAAUUUAAUGUAGAACUAAACCCUCUUAGCAGUUCAUGCUGGAAUAAGUCAGCCUACAUAACUAUGCACAAAUUCCUUCAAAAGGACUUUCUUUACCGAUAACUUUUCCACAUGUCGCUGCUCCUGUAACUUCUUUUGCCAUAAAAAUUAUGAAGUUUCAUAUUCCACUACUCCUGCAGCUAAUUCUAUUUCGGUUCCUGAAAAUCUUUUAGUUUAGUUUUGCAGCAUUACUGCUCAUACUUUUGGAUUUCUUUUAAAUCUUAAAUUUAGCUCCAAAUGUGAAUCCAUAUGUAACAUAAUGUGUGAGUAUUAACAUAAUGUGUGAGUAUUUAAUGUAUAGCAUAGUUCUGGGGCCAAUGAAUAGCUUUGUCAGUAUGUCUCUCUUUCCAUAUGGAUUGUUAGUGUAAUAGAUCUAUUCACAUUUAAGGUCCAUAAUGACCUGCUGUUCAAGUGGAUGGAAUAGGAAUCUCUACAGUAACAGACUUUUUCCCAUUAGUUUAAGGUGAAGGCCUGAAGGCAGCUCUGUGUCCUUGUCUUGACACACAAAUUACUUUGUUAACAUUGGCAGCUAAGUGAACAUCUUUGUGGUAUAUGAAUCUCUUAUGUUGACAGCUUUUCACUAAUUUUAAGGGCUAGUAGGUUACUUUCUGUCAGUGUUGUCUCAUAAAUCAUUAAGUUAACAGAUCUGUGCAGAGAGGUUUUGUCUCCCAUAUAUAAACCAACCUCUGUAACACAUUUGCAUAAUCCAUAGUAGUGUAGUGACAUGGAACCCCAAGAUAGGCAGUAUGAACCCUGGUGGUGGAAGCAACUUUCAUUGUCUGUAUUUGUUACGCAAGGAGAGAUGUACAAAUCUUGAUCAGCAGACUGUGACACCAUUGACUGUCAUCCAUUGGUGAGUGUGGACAUGGUGACUUCAUUGGUGCUGCUUGAUGGAUUGUCUCAUAACCAGGACAUCACCCUUCUUUCACUCUCCUCAGCAGCAUAUCAUUAUUACUUUCAACAACAAAAAAACCACCACAAACCUUCUUCAUGCACUCAUCACUCACAUAUAUGGAAACAAAUACAGUAAAGAUGUCUGAUACACAAGCCAUGAAAGUGACGUAUCAUUUAAAUAUCUGUAGCAUAGUAUUAGACGCAUGAAUUUAUUAUUUAUGCCAAUGCAUGAUGAUAGUAACUGAUAAAAAUAUGUUUUCAUUUACUUUUUGUUGAGCAUAUGGUGUUUUUUUUAAUUCCAGUUAUUUAUUGUACUUAAGUAUGGGCUGGAGGAAGUGGCAGCUCUCUGUAGAUAACGUGUGCAUCCGGAAGAGUCAUACUAUUCGGUGUCAUUUGUGUGUGGUUGAAGCAACAGUUGAGGGUUGCCAUUCUUUUGUCUCCAAUGCAGAUAAGUUUCACCAUGAAGUAUAGUUGGCUUUACUGAAUUGCUUCUUUUGAGUCAUCUGUAUUUCACUCACGAUGCAGUGGUUACGGCAGUGAAAUUUUGCUGCUCUUCUGCAUAGGGUACGCUGUGUUUCUGGUAUGUGAUGUAAUCUUUAGUUCCAAUGUUUCCUGUUCUACCUGUCCUCAUCUUAUGCCCCUUCCCUAGUAGUUGUCACACAAAAAAUUCUUGUAGGUUUUUAGUAUAUUAAAUAAAUGAUACACAUUCUUGUGAAUUGUGACCUAUUCGGAGUGGAGUGAGCAAUAGUGAGUGCUGUACUCCCCUAUUCUGACUUUGAAUUCAAAAUUACUACAUUGAUGAAAGUAGAUAAUUAGAGGCUGUUUCUCUGAUUUGAUUAUUUCAUGAUACCAUACGCUAGGUUGAAAAUGAAACUGCACUGUAUUCUACCACUAAGAUUGCCAGAUGAAUUUCUACCCAUAACUUUUAGAUCUACCACUAUUGUCUCCAUGUGAAUUUCUGCCCCUAACUUGUAGGAUGAAGUCUACGGUGGCCAGUUGUCCUAGUUUUUAGUUCAUCCUGGGAGCAUCUUAUGAUAGUGUAAUGAUGAAAUACUGGUCAUCAAAGUCAAGACUUUUGCAUGCAAGCUGCAGUGUAGUGUUCAGUUUUAAUCUGCCUCAAAAGUUUCCUAUCAAAAUGUAUUCCAGUACUGAAUGCAGAUUUCAUUCUGUUUCAUUGCUGUAAUGAUUGGAUGCUUCCAUCACAUAAUUGUUUGGUCCUAUCAACUUUAGUCGAACAGUAGCAAGAAACAUUCUUUUUUGUGAUGCCAGUUAAUGUCAUUGUGUGUUACUGUAUUUGGUAAUUGAAAGAGAUUCAAGUUAUGUAAAAUUUAGUUGUUGUAUUUAAAGGAUUGAUAUAUAAGAGAUGUUAGGUGAAGACAUAUUUAACAAGCAUGGGACAAAUAAAUAGAGAAAGGAUAACUGGAUGAGAAAUAACAUGAAUAGUAUCGAAAACAUUGUGAUGGGUAGUUUUAUGAUUAGGUAUAAUGAAAAUGUGCUUUGUCAGCUGCACCUUCAAUGUUCCUGUGGAAGAAACUGUAUAUUAGCUUGAAUGAUUCGAUGUCAUAUGUACAGUCAUGUAGGAAUCAUAAAUAACAGUGCAACUGUUUUCGAUUAGUUCACUGCAGUUCAUUAAAAAGGACAAUUACUAGUGUUCUGUUGUGUAAGUAAUUCAAUACUUAUUGUCAAUUCUUGUAGACUGUCGUCUGUGUGAUAGUAUCUUUUGUUUUUCUUCUGCAUUUGGAGUAUCAUUUUGAAUGAGACUGGUAUCAUAAGUAUUACGUCUUUUUAAACAAAAGUGUUCUUUUUUUAUUUAUGGAAACUAAAUUCCUUUUCCAAUAUUACAUAAAUGCACUAAUGUUGUAGUUACUUAGUUCAGAAAGCAUUCCUGUUGUUCUAUGACAACUAUUCUGCAAUUACAUCACCACUCACAUUCUAAUUUUGUAUAGCAUGCCCUUAGAAGUGUUUUGUCAUAUCCUAUGUAUUCUAGUCCAGACUUGGUGUAAAUACAAGAAAAGUUCAUCCAAUCUGGCUUCUUCUGCAAUGCCUUUUUGCACACUUGUAGAGACUGUUACGCAUAGAAAUACUCCACUCUGCAAGAUUAUUUGUUUCCUUAAAAUUGUUUCUGCACUUCAUACAUGUGGGUUUUGAUCUUUGUGCCUUUCAUAUACGUUUCUCAACCUGAAUACGAUGUUGUUAUGAAUCAGUAUAUAGGGAAAAUAUGCAGCACACUUGCUCUUUACAUUCCUCCAUAAUUGCUUCUACUUUCAGAUAUGGACAAACAAAUGUUCAUGUGUGGUUUAACUGGCAUACCUCUCUGCACAGUGCCUAGUGGCAUUCUUGUUAAUGUUUUUACUGGUUUCUUAUAGUCCACUCCCCACCUCCACACCUCCCACCUCCCACCUCCCACUCUCUCUCUCUCUCUCUCUCUCUCUCUCUCUCUCUCUCUCUCUCUCUCUCUCUCUCUCUCUCUCUCUCUCUCUCUCUCUCUCUCCCUCCCUCCCUCCCUCCCUCCCUCCCCCCCCCCCCCCCCCCCCCCCACACACACACCUCCCCAUCCCUUCUCCUCUCCCUCCCCCAAUCAUUUAUAAAUAAUAGUAGUAUUACUUUAAGAAAUACAGCAGUAUAACUUUCUUUUCUUUAUUGCAUCUGUUAUUUGCAAUGAUUUCGUAGUGACUAUAUUUGAUAGGACAGUGCAGGUGUUACAAAUCCAAAUUGUCAGUUAUUAGUACAACAAUUAAAAAAUCAUAUGCUCACACAUUUCACAACACAUAAGAUUAUAUUGAAUGUACAUAACUGUAAUUAUGACAUUUUCAUAAUAAUAAGUUAUUCUAAUGAAUACUGUAAUGGAAGGUGGUGUAUUGUGAAGAGAGAGUUAUCCAAUAUAAAAUACUCAGUUACAGUAAUAUUUCCAAAAGAUGAAGAAAUCAGAAUACACUGUAGUGUGUAUUUUCUGUGUUAAUAAAUCUAGCUACACAUUUAUGUGGUUAAGUUUAUGAUUAUUGCUCUUUAUCAGUUUACAUGAUUUAAGAAUGUGUUUGAGUUACAAAUCAGUGUGUUUCUAAGUUUUGUGCAAUUUAUAUGUACAUCAGACACUACUUCAUUCCUGUCACAUGAAAGUAAGUGUAUUUUGUCAUACAUACUUGCAUAAGAAAGUGUUGAUUAGAACAGUUGACUUUUUGAAAUAUUUUGUAAGAACAAGAGAAUGGACUAAUGUGAAAUAUCUGUUGUGUGUGUUGAUAAACACUCGAAAAUGUGAAAUAUGAGUGAAAAGCCCUUUAAGGAGCUCAUUUUUCUAAAGUUUAUGUGCAUUGACACAUGUUUAGUGAUAAGCUUUUCCAGAACUGAUUCAAGUGUAUUUUUUAUUGUCAUAGAAAUUUAUAAAAAGAAAUUGUGUAUGACAAGUAAAUAUAUGCUUUUAUACUAUUGAUACAAAG